AUGCGCAUGCCCUCGUCGAGCAAGAUCAACACCCACUCGCGCAUGCACAUGCAGACGCACACGAAGGAGUUCGUCUCGAUAUCGUCUCUCUCGGAUGCUGCUGUUGCCCUGCGCGUGCUCUGCGAGGCUCACGCGCUCGGCCUCGAGAAGGAUGAGCCCGACAUUGUGCGGCGGACCCUCAAGACCGUCGCCUACGUCUCGGGCAAGUUGCAGCACCGCAUGGGCACGCUCAAGAAGGGCGCAGGCGACGUCGGCGUGCCCCGCGUCGGCGCGACGCCCGACACGACGUCGGCCAAGUGCGCCAAGUGCGCCAGGAGCUGGAACGCCUUCCAGCGCGGCCAUAACUGCCAAGCGUGUGGCCACCUCUUUUGCGGACGAUGCUUGACGCCAACGCAGCUGCCGCGCAGCUUUGGUUUCGAGUCGCCGGCCAAGACGUGCGACCUCUGCCGGACGUGGCUCGCUGAGUUUAUGAAUGCCAAGUACGAAGAGGCCCACUUGAGCUCGAAGAAGGAGGUGCGCACAGUGCAUGACGCUCCCGAGACGCUCGCGCCAGCGGACCACUCGCCCCACGCGUUUGUCGAAUUGCUCAACAGCGCGCUCGAGAAAGGGCUCUCGCCGAGCCUCCGUGCACGCCUCCAAGAGGUCUUUGAUAUGUACGGAGCGACGCCGCACGCCAAGACCAAGGCCAUGUCCGAGCUCAAGACAGCGAUGUCGUGUCUCCUCGCCGACGUGCCCGAGGACGAAGACGACGACGAGGACGACGACGACGACGACGAGACUGCUGUCUCGGACGCGACGAACGCGUCAGUCGCCACCAAGAGCCUUGUCCCGACCUUCCCCAAGGUUGCGCUGCAGACCGUGCUCAGCCUUAUGGUUGCGCUCGAAGCUGUCGACUGGACGCUCGAUGGUAAGGACGACGAUGACGACGACAAGGGCCACGAUGAUCCCGACCAAGCUGCGGCACGCGCGCGGCUCUCGUCAGCGGACCAUCGGCUCUCGACCGACCCUUCGGUGGCGCUUCUUCGGCGCGAGACGCCGAUGCUCGAGUACCAAGAGAGCACGGUCGGCUCCAAUGAUGACGAUGAUCUCAAGUCGCCGGCGACGCCGCCGCUGCCGCCCGCGAUGGUCGAGUAUUUCAUCGUCAACCGCACCGAGACGAGUCCGCUCUUUGCGUCGUCGGCCAAGAAGGACGAUCGGUGCCGCAUCGAAGUGUUUACGUACCAAGGCAUGAUCCGCGUCAAGUCCAUCUUCAACAUGAACCGCCGGUUCACCUUCCGCAUCUCGGACAUGCAGCUCGUGCAGUUGGAGAAGGAGUAUUUGCGCUGGACGUUCCCGUACCGGUCCGAGCUCGUGCUGCAGUUCCAGAACGAAGCCGCAAAGCACCACUUUUGCAAGCUCAUUCAAGCCUACUUGACGACGCUCGACCCGAGCACGAAGCUCAAACGGACCUUGCCGCUCGUGCCCUUCCUCCGCGGCGAAGUCAAAAUGCACAGCCAGCACUUCCCCGCUGCGUGUCUCACGACCCUCGGCGAGUUUGCGUGGCGCGGCCUCGUGCUCGUGACCAACUACCGCGUGCUCGUCGUGCCCUUUGAGAUCGCGCCGCUCGUCGAGAUCCCGCUCUUUUCGAUCGUCUCGGUCUCACGCGAGUCGAGCUUUGGGUACCGGUCUCCGUUCUUAUUGCUGACGUCCAAAGACGUCCGGACGCUCCGAUUGGACGUGACGCCCGAUGACCGGCUCCUGACGCUGCUCCACCUCAUCACCAAGUUGAGCGAGUCGACGCAAAAGCUGCAGAGUGGCGAGCCGACAAGGGACUCGGUGCUCAGCCUCCAAGUGCCGCACUUUAGCUUUGCGUACACGAUGACGUCGGUGACGCCCGAGACGAACGGGUGGAAGUUUGCCGAUAUCCUCACCGAGUACGGGCGCCAAGGCUUGGACACGAACCCGCUGCUCCAGGUGGUCGAGAAUGGCGACGGCGCCGUCUGCGACUCGUACCCGCCCCACCUGCUCUUCCCUGCGUCCCUCUCGAUGGGCGACGUGCUUGCGGCCGUCAACUUUCGCGCAAAGAACCGCGUCCCGCUCAUCACGUGGCAGCACCCGCGCAACCACAGCGUGCUCACACGGUCGAGCCAGCCGCUGCUCGGACGGCUCCUCACGAGCCAGAGCUGCGGCAUCGACGAGGGCUUGAUUGCAUUCUACAAGAAGCUCUCGACCAAGUCGAGCUCGUCCUUGUACAUCUUUGACGCGCGCAAGGUCAAGGCCGCCAAGGGCAACCGACUCAUGGGGAAGGGCGGCGUCGAAGCCUCCGGGCAGUACACGGGCGCGAUCAUCAACCACCUCAACAUCGCCAACAUGUACAAGAUGCAAACCUCGUACCUUGCGCUCAUGAAGCUCUGCCUCUCGCCCGAGCACGACAAGAGCUGGUGGUCUGCCCUCGAGGUGCGCGCCGUCUUGCCCGUGGAUGUAGCGUUGACAUGGGAGCAGGCGACGCGGUGGUUUGAGCACUUGCACCUCGUGCUCGACGGCGCCGUCAAGAUCGCGCGCGUCCUCGAGUUUGAAGGCGCGAGCGUCCUCGUGCACUGCAGCGACGGCUGGGACCGCACGUGCCAGCUCGUAUCGCUCGCGCAAAUCAUGCUCGACCCAUAUUUCCGGACGCUCGACGGCUUUGCGACGCUGGUCGAGAAGGACUGGCUCGCCUUUGGGCACAAGUUUAUGGAGCGACUGGGCGGGAACCGAUCGAAGGACCCGACGCGCGCCAAGGUGUCGCCGAUCUUCCUGCAGUUUCUCGACGCCGUGUACCAGCUCACGACGCAGUUUCCGACGUCGUUCGAGUUUGACGAGCGGUACCUUCUCCAUGUCGCCAACGCGCUCACGUCCGGCUUGUACGGCACGUUCCUCUACGACAACGUGCUGCAGCGGGCGACGGCGCGCGUCUGCGACAAGACGAUCUCGGUCUGGACGCCGCAGCUCGUGUCGCCGCAGCUGUUUCGAAAUGCCAACUACGAGGCGCGGCCCGACCCGCUCUGGCCGUGGCCCGGCCACCAAGCGCUCAAGCUCUGGACGGGCUACUACUUUCAGCACCAUGAAGUGCACGCACACAACCACAUUGACGAAGAAGAGCGGCAAAAGGCCUAGUCGACGCUGUCUUUGUUUGAUACUCUCUUGAUACUCUCUUGAUAUAUAUAUAUAUAUAUAUAUAUUCUGUCGA